GUCCAACUAUUUAUCUCUCUCCACAGUCGCGUUGCACAGCCAUUUGCAAUCCAGAGCGCUUCCCCCAAAAGAUUCCUCUGUCUUUUUUCCGAUCCGACCGGAACCAAAGUGCUAGUGAACCACUCCGGUCCACACUCCACAGCACCGUCGUCCACGGUCCAUCUCCCAACCCCCAUGGACAAGAAAGUCAUGCCCGUGAAGCAGCAGAUUGUCGUCCUGUACCCCGGCCCCGGCGUCGGCCACGUCGUCCCCAUGGUGCAGCUCGCCAAGGUCUUCCUCAGGCACGGCUACGACGUCACCAUGGUGCUCGCCGAGCCACCCGUUGGGUCCCCCGACUACCGCAUCGUCGACGUCGACCGCGUCGCCGCCUCCAACCCAGCCAUCACCUUCCACGUCCUCCAUCCGGUCCUGGUCACCGACCUCGCCGGUUCGGGAAAGCCCCCCUUCCUCCGCACGCUCCAGGUAUUGCGCAGGUACAACGACGAGCUCGAGAGCUUCCUCCGGUCCAUCCCGCGCCAGCGCCUGCACUCCCUGGUCACCGGCAUGUUCUCCGCCUACGCAGUCGACGUCGCCGCGAAGCUGGGCGUCCCCGUCUACACGUUCUUCGCCUCCGCCGCCACCACUCUGGCCGUCGUGACUCAGAUGCCGGCGUUGCUCGCCGGUAGGACAACGGGCCUGAAGGAACUUGGCGAGACGCCCCUCGAGAUCCUCGGCGUCCCGCCGUUCCCGGCGUCUCAUCUCAUCAGGGAGCUGCUGGAGCACCCGGAGGACGAGCUGUGCAAGGCCAUGGUGGACGUCUGGAAGCGCAACACGGAUACGAGCGGCAUCCUCGUCAACACGUUCGAGUCGCUGGAGAGCCGGGCCGUGCAGGCGUUGAGGAAUCCCCGAUGCGUCCCUGGUCGGGUGCUGCCCCCGAUCUACUGCGUCGGGCCGUUGGUCGGCGGUGACGGCACAAGCGCAGCGGAUCAAGACAGGGCGAAGAGGCACGUGUGCAUCGCGUGGCUUGACGCGCAGCCAGAGCGCAGCGUUGUGUUCCUCUGCUUCGGGAGCAGGGGCACGCACUCGGCGGAGCAGCUAAGGGAGAUCGCCGUUGGCCUGGAUAGGUGUGGGCAGCGGUUCUUGUGGGCUGUGCGAACGCCGGCCGGCACCGACGACUUGGAGAAUCUCGACGCGCUCCUUCCGGAGGGGUUCUUGGAGCGGACCAAAGACCGGGGCCUCGUCGUCAGGUCAUGGGCACCGCAGGUGGACGUGCUCCAUCACCCGUCCACAGGCGCAUUCGUGACACACUGCGGGUGGAACUCGACGCUGGAGGGUGUCACGGCGGGGGUGCCGAUGUUGUGCUGGCCGCUCUACGCGGAGCAGAUGUUGAACAAGGUGUUAAUCACUGAGGUCAUGGGCGUUGGGGUGGAGAUAGAGGGGUACAGGGCUGGUUUCAUCACGGCCGAGGCGUUGGAGACGAAGGUGGGGCUGGUGAUGGAGUCCGCAGAGGGCACGGAGCUCAGAGAGAGAGUGGUGGGGCGCAAGAACGAAGCAAAGGCGGCAAUGCUGGACGGCGGCUCGUCGCAGACAUCGUUUGUCAGAUUCUUGUCCGACGUGGAGAAUCUUGAUGAACAGCUUGGCAAGUGACGAAUCUGUGGCCGCUCUUGGCGCUUAUGUUAAUUUUUCAUUCUUUCUCCAACUGUCCUUAAUCUUCAUGUCAUCCUUCGACUGUACGAUCAACCAAUAGUUUUAACAUUUUGCUGAGAACAUCCGCUGGAAUAAAAGCAACAAUGAUGAGUGGACUUUUAGUGUGU